ACCUGCGAAAUAUGCCGCGAAGAAGGAAGCGAUGUGUUUCACGAUGAAUGGAGAAGUACUGAUAUUCAGUCUUCUCUGCAUGUUGGUCAUGGGUAUUAAAGAAAAGGCUAUUUUGGAAAUAGUGUUACAUCGAGGCACUGAAAAUGGCGAGUACGCUAUCGAAACUGAGAGACUGUCUGGAUACUACACAUCUGCAGGGUCGACCGUCAGUGCUGAGGGGAAUGUUUUACAGCUCCAUCCCAUGAGUAUCUGCAAUGAAAACUUGAAUGAAAAACACCUCUAUGGUUGGGUUGGAGUGAUGAAGCUAGAGGCGUUGUUCUCAAGACCUUGUAUGUCUCUGUACCAACAGGCGAGGAAAGCUAUACACCGAGGGGCUACAGCCGUAGUGUUUGACAUCACAGAGGUACCCAGUGCAGCAAGCGAGCUAAAUUCUCGAACAGAAGACCAACUGGACCGUCCUGUCAUCGUGAUCCAUGGACUGGAGGCUGUGGAGCUAAUGCGUAUCAUUGAGCAGACAACAAACAAAGCUAGAGCCAGAAUUCGAUCCCAACACCAGCAACAACCUAUUGGACCUCCGAAAAGUACCAAAGAAUAUUUUGACAUGGGCAUUUUUGUCGCUGUGUUUUUCCUUUUCUGUAUCAUCUGUAUCAUAGUCAUUUUAAAGUUAAAGCUGAGACAUCGAGAGCAACAGCUUUCAAUGUCUGCUUUGGCAAAACGUGCAAUAUCCAAAUUGGAAACAAGAAAGUUUAAAGGAUCAUCAUCGGGGAAAUCCCUGAGGGUUCAAACCCCUGUGUCCGACAUCUACAGUAACUCGUCUGGCUGUGAAGGAUGUGCAAUCUGUCUGGAUGAGUACACAGAGGGACAGAUCCUACGAGUGUUGCCAUGUUCCCAUGAGUUUCAUCGUCUCUGUGUUGACCCGUGGUUAGUCACACACAGAACAUGUCCACUUUGUCUCUUCAAUAUUGUUGCUCAGCCAGAAAGUUCUGUGGACCAGGAGGAGCCAGUGAGGAAUGAACCUAGAACUCAGUCUAGUUCAAGGCCAAGUAGACAUGAAGGACAGUAUGAUAUCCCUCGAAACAGUUCGUAUGAGGUGCAUAACAGUAACACUUCAGCAUAUCAACAACUUUCACACACUGAAUACCUUCAUUAUGUUCAUCCCAGCAGAGACUCCCGUUCAGCAAGACGGCUGCUUCAUCAUGGCUGUCCAUCUUGUGAGGGAACUCUUGGAUCAUCACCGUCAUCAUGUAGUUCAUAUUUAAGAGAGUUUCAUCCAAACUUUUCAGGAGGCCAUGGAAAACGACCACCAGGGUCCAGUGAACUCUACCAGAAUGUGCCCUAUGCUCAGGCUGUAGCUCCAUGUUGUAACUCCUCGCACUCCCACACACAGUAUCAUUCCACUCACAGGUUAGGGUACAGUAGCGCCCCCUAUGUGACUACAAGUAUAUAUAACUCAGGGAUAUCUUACUCACAAUGUAUGUCUGUAUAUGGUCGAGGAGGAGGUGUGACAGAGCAGUGUAGACGUCACACAAAGACAAUGUCUUAUCACGUUGCACCUUUCUAUACUGGUCACACAUCAAGACGUUGCAAAUACCCACGGCCUUUUGUAUGUGAGAGUGAGCCGGAAUACAAUGGAAGUGGGCGGGACCUGAGUGUGACCGCUCAGUAUGGAAGCUGUAGUAGUAGUGGGUCAGACAGAAAUCCCAGUAGUAGUAGCCUCGAGUGUGAGCUUUGUCGGAACAUUCUGGACAGUAACCACAGCACGUACGGCAGCAGUGACAUGCGUGACAAUAGUGAUGCCAGCAGCUGUGAAUCCAAUAUUUUCUGGGGAGGAGCACCAGACCAAAUGUGUACCGAUGGCAGUUCUGACCAUAACUCCUUACCAGACAUUACAAUGCAUACAAACACUGCAGAAUUUUGUGACUGUAAAUUGUGUUCAGGGGAGUUAAAUCAUGGAAAUCAAGUUUAUUGUGAAAAAAACUCUUUUAAUGCAGAAAGUCAGUGUAUAUGUAAUAGUGAGUCUUCACUCAACCUUAGUGAGCUCAGUGGGUGUGAUAGUGUACAUUCGUCUAAGGAAAUUUUGUGUGAAAACUGUGCUAGCAGUCAGGAAACAGUGAAAAUGUGUGCAAGGGGAGAUAACUCCAGUAUGUUGGCCAGUGAGAAUGAUACCUCACGCUGUGUUGAUGUUUGUUCAGAUACUAGUCAUGUUAUAGUAAAGGACAAUUAUGGACGACCUUUACCUGAGAGACACAAAAACCCUGAUGUUAGAGAGGCGGAGUCUGAGGCUAGGGCCGGCAUCGUGAUGGUGCACAAACAAUCAUGUGAUAAAGACACAAGUUUUUGGCAAAAAGAUGAAUUAUAUAGCUCCGAAGGAGAUUCCUCACAGUCACCUUUACUAAUAGCUGGAAAACCAAAUAUUCCCUUUAAUGAUAGCCAGGAGCUUGAGGAGUCUAGAACUUCACAAAUCAACAGGUUUCCUCCAUUAGUCCCUCGACCAGUUACUAAACAGUUGGAUUUCAGCAUCAUUAGCAGGAGACUUACACGCCUUCUCUCUCCUAGAGACAUGUUUCCAGAGGCUCAUGGGUAUUGCCCCUGGCAACAGACAUGUGAUAGUUGUCAAAGCAACGAGGCUGCUUCUCACCCAUCCAUGGUGGUUUACUCAGAAGAAGGCGAGUACUUGACUGUUCCACUUGAUGACCAAGACCAUUACAACUCGGUAAAUGCUGUGUAAUUGACUUCACAAAUAUUUGUGACAGACAUGGCAUUCAUCUCCAUGUGUCCCUCCUAGCAACUCAUCUUCCAUGUACAGCACCUGUGACAGUUCUUUCAGUAUUCAGGGCUAACGUUUUCUUUAUUUCUGUGAAUAUGCAUUAUAUAAGUGAUUUUGUUUCAAAUCUUCAGUUAG